CUAUGUAAUCUCUUUUCAAUAUUUAACAUUUCGAAAAUAAGAAUAUUCUCAAAAUAAAAAUGUUCUUUUCUUCUGCACACUGUUUGAUCUGGCGACACGUGUUACACGAUUCUACUAACACAGGAAUAGUAAUAAACCAAUUAUACGUAUAUCCGAGAUAUAAUUUCGAGAACGAUACCAUCCAAUCCCAGUAAUGAUAAGGAAAUAGCAUUAUCUGAUACACGGAGAGACACAGCUUGAUAGAGCAGCGGGGCGCGACGAAUAGCUAUCAUCAACUGCAUGGGCUAAUAAUAUCUAAUAACCUAAUAACCUAAUCUUAGCGUUUUCGGUGCUUGCGUCGCGAUGGAAUUUCGAAAAGUAAUAAUACAGGAAGAUAAUGAUACAUGGAGUAGAUCGCGUUGCCGUACAAAGGAUAAUUGCGACCUUAAAAACCACGGCACGUGAACGUCGCGAUGACAAAUAAAUAGUGAGACCGGGCGUCAAUCAAAUUUCUAUUUCCUCUAAUCAUCUCACGCGUGUUUUAAAAUGAAUGUAUUAAAUACCUGUUACAUGUAAAUCUUACAUUACUAUUAAACGAUUCAUACAUCACGGCAUUCUGUUACUUAAAUUAUAAUCUAUAUAAUCCCGCGAUUGUAAUACAAAAAUGUUCAGCAAAUUACAAUGAAAAACUCGAAACACAAUACGAAUAAUGAGAGCGUCGCUAAAAAUGAUUCGAGAAUAUCGUAGAAAAAUUGUAAUUUACAAUUCAUGUUCUCGUUUUCUAUAAUAUGAUUGAACACCUUUAACAUGAUCAUUACUUUGAAGAAACCGUGCGAGAUACUUGUAUGUGAACGAAUAAUCAUCGUUGCGAUCGCUGGCGAGCUGAUGUAAUAAUACGUAACGAUGCACGGAGCAUUUCGCGGCUCGUCAGCUCAUGUAUCGGCGUGAGAGUGGUAACACUGCGACUCGAUGUUACAACAAUGCUAGGCGCGCCGCGUAAUAAUAAUAAACAUCGAGCCCCGCGCCCGAGUCAGCCGAAUUCUUACUUCCGCGUAAAUAUCUAAUACGCACUUUGAAAUGAAAACUCUUCGCGUAAUUAAUACGAAUACUUCAAUGGGAGCGUCGCUAAAGAGAUGCUUCGAGAACAUCGUAGAAAAUCUGUGGUUUACAAUUCCCGUUUUUGCUCUCGACGAUUGACUUUUGACACGAUCGUUACUUUGAAGAAACCGUGCGAGAUACCUGUAUGUGGACGAGUAACCAUCGGUACGGUCGCUUGCGAGCUGAUCGCAAUGUAAUAAUACGCAAAUAAAGCAACGACGCGACGGAGCAGUUUGCGGCGCGACUCGUCCAGUCAAGCGUCGGCGUGCGAAUGGUAACAAUGCGAGCGCGUUCCGACGUCACAGCGCGCUCGCGCUACGCCGCGCCGUGACGUGUACAAUAAUAAACAUUCGAGACCCGCGGCGCGCUAAAGGGAUGUUUCGAGAAAAACAUCGUAGAAAAACUGUACUUUACAACUCCCGUGUUCAUUCUCUACGAUUGAUAGAUAUCUUGAACACGAUCGUAACUUCGAAGAAACCGUACGCAAUACCGUGUGUGGACGAAUAGUCAUUGCUGUGAUACGCUUGCGAGCUGAUCGUGCGAGAUGAUCAAUCGUAGAGUAUAUUAAUACCUAAUGACUCCAACGUUCGAUCUGAUACCUGCCGCGAUGGUACUUCGAGAAAUAAUAACAACAAGAAGUGAUGAUACACGGAGCGGCUGGAAACGCGACUCGUCCGUACGAGCGUCGGCGUGCGAAUGGUAACACUGCGAGCACGUUCCGACGUCACAGCGCGUUCCGAACUCACAGCGCGUUAAGCCCGUAUCACACUACAGACUCCCGACUCUGACUUGACUACUGACUCCGACUAUAAUUCAACAAAUAGAGUGAUCUCUGUUCUCGAGUCGGCAGUCAGAGUCGGUCAGGGCUUUGCUGUGAUUAAUUGAAUUAUAGUCGGGAGUCGGAGUCAUUAGUCGAGUCAUAGUCGGGAGUCUGUAGCGUGAUACGGGCUUUACGCCGCGCCGCGCCCCGUACAAUAAUAAACAUUCGAGACCCGUUAAAGAGAUGUUUGUGUGCGGACGAAUAACAUUGCUGCUAUACGAGCUGAUCGUGCGAGAUGAGAUCAAUCGCGUAGAGUAUGUUAAUAACCAACGAUUCCAACGUUUGAUCUGAUACUUGCCACGAUAGUACUUCGAAAAACAAUAACAAUAAAAAGUAACGAGCACUGCGACUUGACGCACACACACACACACACACAUGCACGCACGCAUAGUAAUAAACAUCGUCGGACAAAUAGACAUUUGUCCAGCGAUUGCUGCCAUUCACACACCGACGCUCGAGCGGACAAGUCGUGUCGCUCCGUGUAUCAUUAAUUCUUAUUGGCUGGACAAAUAUCUCGACUUGCUGUCGAUCGCUGUGACGCUCUCGCGAAUUUAUCAACACCGUAUGGAUCUAAUAAUAUCUAAUAAUUUCGUAUUUAUUAACGUAACAUCGCAAAAAUAACGACGCACGGAUAACGGUGGAAAAAAUUCUGCAAAACUCUACACUUUAAGAAAUACUAUAAAAAUUUAUUAAAAAAUAUUAGGAUUCUGGUUUUUCCCAGGAUACAUCGAUACAUCGAUACACGUCGCGACAGGCUUGAUCGAGUAUCGAUGUGCGGAUGGUGACAUUACAUCGCGCCAAUCGAGUCACGCGCUAACCUCAGUAAUUACUUGUGCAAAAUGUUUGACGUACAUGAAAUAAACGCAGUUUUGUCGCAACUGAUCUACUCGCGCAAAUAAUGAACGAAACGAUCGCAUCAAUACAACGGGAUGCUGUAGGCCACAUAAAAACGCCGAACGCAUACGCUCUACUUUGUCCAGAGAGCACCGCGUAUGACUCGCAUGUUUUCAUGGCGGAAACCUUUCAAGAACGCACAGCAACACCAGAAAUUGAUCCAUACUUCGACACAACAGUGCCGUCCAAUAUCACUGGCCUGGCUGGAGAAACCGUUCAACUCGUGUGUAGAGUGAAGAAUCUCGGAAACAGAACGGUCUCGUGGGUGAGGCAUCGUGAUAUUCACCUGCUGACAGUUGGCAGAUACACUUACACGAGCGAUCAGCGUUUCGAGGCCAUCCACAAAAUCUAUCCAGAAGAAUGGAUCCUCAGAAUACGGUAUCCGCAGCGAAAGGAUUCUGGUAUAUACGAGUGCCAAAUAUCCACGACUCCACCCAUCGGUCAUCCUGUUCGUCUGACUAUAAUCGAACCUGUGACGGAAAUAGCCGGCGGUCCCGACCUGUUCAUCAACAAGGACAGCACUAUAAAUUUAACAUGCUACGUAAGACACGCGCCCGAACCACCGUCGACGAUAAUUUGGAGUCACAACCACCAGGCGAUUAACUUCGACUCGCCGAGGGGUGGCAUCAGUCUGGUAACGGAAAAGGGACCCGUGACUUCGAGCCGUUUACUCAUUCAGAAGGCGAUCCAGAGAGAUUCCGGCCUUUACACGUGCUCACCCAAUAACACUCAUCCUAACAGCGUACGGGUCCACAUAGUCAAUGAAGAACACCCAGCGGCAAUGCAUCACGGUAGAGGCGACAGAAUGGCCGCGACGCUGCUUCCGGUCGUCCUACUUCUUCGGAUGAUAUUCUAGCCGACGUUAUGCACUCCGGGUUGAAUGCGCGCGAACUUAAGCACGGUCGCCUAACUCCCACGAAACCAUUGAGCGGAGGUUCUGUUUCGCGGUUUUGUCUCCGGGGAUUCAACUCGACGCGCAUUCGACACGUUUCGCCUCGCGAAAGUAACGAAAUCUCGUCGUAGGUUUGGGUCGCGACGUCGCGUGUCUCCCAUUACGUCAUUAGGGCGUUAGGCUGAUUGGAAACCAUCCAAUUGUCGCACCGUCGUCGCCUCGAAAACGCGAGUUAAAAACAAAUACUCUUAGGUUAGAUCACAACAAAUGGAUUGUGGAUAAGGACUAUUGAAUGUAUACUUAGUUCCAUGUUAUUAUGUGGUUAAACGAGAGAACAAAAAUUUAGCUUAAUGGCCAAAAAGUUUGAUACGAAUUAAGAGUAUUUUUAUUAGGGAAUGUUAAAUUGUUUAACGAGACAUUUCUUAAUCACCGAUUCCGCUGUUGUAAUUGACAAGCGAGAACUUGUCUAUAAUAAUUUUUAACACGAUUGAACGAAUAGACUCGCUGAACUUUUGUCUCACUUUCAAGGCCGUUGUCAUUUUGCGAAAAAGAACAACGUCUAGGUUCUUGCCCCACUACGGAAACAAGUACGAACUCUUUUUCUGUUCCGGCAAAGAGUCGCAAGUCCGCUUCCGCCGUCUGGAAUCUUUCCUCACUUCCUGAAAUAAGAAUCGUCUGCAAAGAAGAAACAUUUUCACAAAUACCGUACUAAUAUAAUACGUGAUCUAAAAAAACGAUUCAACUUUUCUGAAUCUUGAUAUUUGCUUUUGAAUUUUAAUCUUUAUGAAAAAAAAAAGAAACGGCAGUAUAUAAAGAAUGUCUUGUAAGAACUGCAAGACUCACUUUGUAUAUUUUUCGAUCUUAAGAAAAUUAAAAAAAAAAACAUUUCCUCGUAAUGUUCCUAAACGAAAACCAAAAAAAGAUUGAUUCGUUGAGUUAUACGAACAUAAUACGUAAAAUUACACACUGAUGACAACAAAGUUGAAAUAUUAAGUGGAAAACGCGCACCCCGAUGUACAGUCUCUUUAAAAUAAGCGUAUUAACCCAUUUCUUAAAUACUAUUUAUGCAAUCACAACAAAAAUGAUAACAAAUGUUUAUUAUAAUUUAUUUUAGAACGCAAUUGUAGUAAUGUAAAGUCGCCACCGUUAUUCAUAAUUGCCUUCGGCAUCUCUGAGGCAUAUUUUCAGCGUAUUCCCGGGGUAGAGAUUUUCACGGCGAUUUAAUUUGUCGAACUAGCUGCUUUUUGGAUUCUACUUUAGCUUUAACUUUAUUUAUCUUAUACACAUUUACUUUAAGAUUGGUAUUUGACGAUUGUGGGGAUCAGUCUAGCACAUCGAUGCAAUUUUCGUUUUUUUUUUCACUGCAUAUGUAAAAGUAACUGCAAUGUUUGAAAUUAUUAUCUUCUUGGAGAACCCAGUAUUCUUUUCCUGAUUCAAAUCACUUCUUGGCAUAUGUAAUCAAGUAUUUUUUAAAUAAAUUUUUAACAUUCUUUCCGCAUUAUUGUUGCCAAGGAAGAUUCAAACAUCGGAUCAAAAAAAGUCACAUCGCGUUCUGGUAAGUCAUUGACUGUUAACUCUUGGUAACGUUUUAUCCACUUAUGCACAAAGGGUUUCGACUUUUUCAUACAUUGAUUCGCUUUUUCAAGCGAUAUUUUCGUCCCUUUUUAGUACAGGCAUAUAGAACAUCGUUUCAAAGCGUACGUACAAAAUGAGUGUCAUGUAACGGACAAAUUGUCCGUUCAUAACAAUAGCCGAGCUGCUGCUGUAGCCUUUGACAGAAUGCGUCAUAGAAAAAGGAUCUCUUUAUCUGUUUUUUAGAUCAACGUUUUACUUCAUACGCCUAUUUUAAACUGACUGUAUCAGAGUCUCAUUUUUAAUAAAGUUAACUGUCAUAUAUCAUUUUCGGCAAAAAACCUUUAACACGAACACCGCGUAUUCAUUAUUGCAGUUUUUUAAAUUAUUAAUUGUCCUCGGUAGACCGAAUGUUCGUUCUAUUCGUUGCGACCCUACAUGCGCAAUUUUGUAAUCGGAUUAUUGAGUGCCGCGUACGAAACAACGUUUGGAAGCUCUAAAAAGAACAGAACUUUUAUAAAUUGCAAAUAUACGCAUUUGAGAGAAGAAAUUAUAAUAACAGGCGUUACAAUAUUCUUCUGAAAUUUUAUGAAAUUUUCUUCCCAAUUGGAUGUGAAAACUCCAACGCAUCAAUAAGGAUUAUUUUAAGUGCAAAUGUAAUUAAAAGUUAUUUAGAUAAAUUAACUUUAAUUCGCAUAAAUUACAGUCUAAAAUAUUUAUUAGAAAAGUGGAUUAAUUGCUUUUAUUUGGUUUGAUUUCCAUUGACAAAAUCUAGCUAAUGUUUCAUUUUUGGAAAACUUUAAAAUGUAAUAUCGAUAACUAUAAUUUUAUAAUCUUAAAACAUUAAAAUAUUAAAACCUAAAAACUGUGUUAUAUCAAAAUAUGAUUAUUCUCUGACAAUUAGAAAAAACUAAAUAUAGAAAAUGAGAAAAAAUAUUUCAAAGACGCGUAUCAGAUUAUAUGGUAAUAUAGUAGAAUAAUCAUGCGUGUCAUACAUGUCAGACAAUAAUAUUCGUUCAACUUCGGAAGUAAGGAUGGAUGAACUGACGGCCUGAGAAACGUACAGAAUCGGAAACUUGAAAACUUGCGCGCGAGGAGGCAAUGACUUUUAUGCGGAUACGCAAAUAUAACGGAGUUUCUCCGGACUCGCGGCAGCGCGAUGUAUCUGCAGGAAGAAAGCAGGUUUAUUCGCCGAACUUAUAAUGGCCUGACUUCGAAGCGGAUUUUAUCCUCGUUACCGGUAAAAACGUAUUGUUCGAAAGUGCAUUAGCUCUCGGGGAUUCGAACACGUUGCGCAACCCGGGACGAUACCAAGAUUGUUUCGUUUUCCGCCGUAAAGGGGGACUGGCAUUGUGCCUCUGCAGUGAGCUUGGCAAUAUUGUUGCGUCGGAAAUUUACCUCGCUUCUUCAGGACCACUCACGAAAACAUAAAACUAUGAUAUCCUCGGUGAUAUCUUUGUCGCUAUUAACGCCCAAGACCGAAUGUUUCUUCUAUCAAUGGGACCAUGUAAUCGGAGCGCGUUGGUCCAAUCGCGAAUAACUCGUAUUUAGCAAUUGAUACCGGCGUGCACACAAAAGAAACGGUCCUAUGGUUGCUGUAUAUACUACAUUAGAAACGUGAUCCUAAGAAUAUUUCGGUGCCAGUCUUUCAAUUAGCUUGUAACGACACCGAAAUUCGUUGUACUUCGUGGAUAUCACGUAUAAUGCAUACACACGGGAAAUGUUUUUAUAGACGUCAGUAUAUGUAUGCGGUUAAUCAGGGGAGAACAAACUUUUCAUCCCGCGGAGAUUUCGUCAAUUCUUAAUAUGUCGUAUCAUAAUCUUCGCACUAAUACGUGAUAAAAUAACUUUUGCCAUUGGGCACUAAUCUUCAAGAGAUCACUGUAUGAAAGUUUUCCGUCAUAGGUGUAGUUGUAAACACCUGGCAAUGUCGAAUGUCACGCAUUUUUAUCUCACUUUUCCUUCGGUAGUUCUUUUUUAAUUUAGAAUCAAGUGAGUAAUUAAUGAAUUAUUAGGUUAAAAAGUAAAUAAAAUUAAAGUUACAUACUUUAUUAUACAUAAAAAGUUAUAAUUAUUACAAUUAUAUAUAUUAAUUGUUGUUGUCAGAAUAUUACUGAAAACUAAAAACAAGAAUUUUUAUAUGAAUUGGGGUGAUAAUUGUCGUAAAAACAUUCGAAACAAAAUACUGAUGCUUUAUACUAAACAUAUUGAAUAAAAACAACAUCUUUACAUGUUCAGUAUUGAUAAAAGGAAGCAUACUUUAUUAAUAUUUAAAAUUUUUCAUUGAUACUUCAUAAAUAUUGAAAAUCAGUUGUUCAUCAAUUAAUUUCAAUGCGUAGCAUGAAUAUUAAAUUAUUGGCAUAAAACUUGGUGCACUAAUAUAGCGCUAUUAUAUAAAAGAUUUUUAAGGAACGCUCUCUUUCUCCAUUCAGAAACAAAUUUUUUUGUUAUUGACACUUUUGGGAAAAUGAAACAGGGAUUUUACUUUUACAAUAACAUUUUUGAAGAUAAAACAGGAGGGGCGUGUUGCAAAAUUAAAAUCAUUCUAUUCAAAUACACAUCUAUUUGCCAAACUUGCGUAUUUUUAUCAUCAAAUAAAAAAUUUUAUUGAACACAAAACGCUCUUGCUUUGUUAGCACAAAAACGUGAAUUAGUCACUCGAGAGGACGCAUUUAUUAAAAAAGAACGCAAUUUUAUUCUCCCCUUGUGCAUCAAUUUAGCAUACCAAUUUUUAUGCCAAUGAUUUUAAUAUGCGUGGUACGUAUCAAAAUUAAUUGGCGAGGAAUCAUCAAAAUUUUUAAAUAUUAAUAAGUGUACUUCCAUUUAUUAAUAGUGAACUAACCGUGUAAAGAUGUUGCUUUGAUUGUGCUUUUUUGACAAUGGAUAACAUUUAAACGACGAUCAACAUAAUUGUAAUAAUUUUAAUUUUAUAUAAUAAAAGUAUGUAAAUUAUUUUAAUUUUAUUUAUUUUUUUAGUCUAAUAAUUCAUUAAUUACUUACUCUCGAAAACUAAUACCCGAUGGCCAUAAUUAUUUCAUCACGUAUUAAUGAGAGAAGCGUAUAAUAUAAUGUAAUAAAAAUUUAAUAAAAUUUGCGAGAUCAAAGGUUAGUCUUCUCCUUGUAAACAAAGAAAACGAUUGAAAGAGUGUAGAUUAAGUGUUACUCGUCACUCUCUAUAGACACAUUUUCAUAAGUCUGUACAUUUUCGCCGAAUUAGUGUUGCGAACUGUGUCGAAAAAUUUUAUUUGCCAUUGUACGCAUUUAAUAAAAGGACAAAAAAGCA